UAGUUGGCAGCACGGAAGGCAGUACGAAGAGUACAAGUGGAGGCAGUUGCAACAGUUUCCUUAGAGGCAUGCUCAGUGAGUUGCAGGGGCACUCAGACACAUUCAGUUAGUAUGUGGAAAUGUAGGAAUUCCAGCAGUCUUUAAGGAACAGAUGUAGGCUACUAGCUGAGAGGUAUAACAGCAUAGAUGAGGCUGGCUAAAUACCAGUACUCAUGCUGCUAUGUAAACAAAACAAGAUCUUAGUAUCAAGAUGGCCGACCUGGAAGUCUACUUGUAGCUCAUAAUACUUAUGCAAAUGAGCUGCACAUCAGUGGCUUACUCAGAGGAGGAAGCUCAUUUUGCACGUGCCAUCUUCUCACCAGUUCUUAAAUUUCUGACAACUUACAUCAAAAUUGCUGUGGAGGAUUUCAACUGAGAACUGCUUUUUAUGAACCACUACUUAAAAGGGGCCCUGUUCUUGUAUUGUGCUACCAGAGGAUUCUCACUAGUGGAUCACCUAUUAGGGACUUGUUCAAGGAAUACGAAGAAAUUGUAUUUAGCAUGUAGACAGCUCUGGAAAGGUUUAACAGUUCACCUGGAGUUCAUAAGUCAUCUGACUGAAAAUGGUUAUGUGAUGAGAACUUUUUUCCAUCUCAGGGCUAAGAUGGAUAGCACAGAGGAACCUCAGAGAAAAGUCUUUAAAGCACGAAAAACAAUGAGAGUAAGUGAUCGGCAACAACUCGAAGCUGUCUAUAAGGUUAAAGAGGAGCUGUUGAAGACAACUGAAGUGAAACUGUUAAAUGGAAAACAUGAGAAUGGAGAUUCUGAUAUAAAUUCCCUUUUAAGCAAUACAGACUGUACAGAAGACAAGAAAGAAAUUAAUGGUAUGGUUGACUUGUGUGUUAACUCUGAAGAAAGAAGAGCAGCUUGUGAUGAAAUUAGUGAGACCAAAAGCCCUGAAAGUAGGGGAGAAAACAUAGCCAAUGACAUAGAAUCCAAACCUUUAAUGCUGUCUUCAGAAAAUGUUACUCUAGAGCAAGCUAAAGAUACUGACAUUGCAGUAAAAUGUGAGGCUGAAAAUGGAGUUGGUAGCAGUAAAGAUAACUUCCAUGAAGAAAAUAAUAAAAAAGAUCAUUUGGACCAAAGAAAGAAUGAUAUCCCAUUGGAAGGUGAAAGUAAAUCAGUUGGUGAUAAUAGUGACUCUUCUGAAGAGAAGGGAGAAACAAAUGACUUACCUGUUAAUUCCAGUUCAUCUGGUGAGGGAAGGAGGACUGAAGAUGUAACUGUUGAAGAGACUGUUGGAGAAGCAGCCAUCUCUAGCAGUAUGGAAGCUGACCUGGAAAAACAAGAAGGCAGUGCAGAACUUCCAGAAACCACUGUUUUGAAAGCAAUAGAUGAGCCAAGUGAAAGCAUCUUGGACAAUACUGACUGUAUGGAAACAGAUGACAUUAUUCCAAUUCUGGAAAAACUAGCCCCUGCUGAAGAUGAUCUGAGCUGUUUUAGUAAAAGUUCUCUGCUUCCAGGGGAUGACUCAGUCCCAGAUUUAGAAGAGAAAAUAGACAAUUGUUUGGGUUCACCAUCCAAGCAGGAAAGCAAUGAAAGUCUGCCAAAAGAGGCUUUCUUGGUGCUGUCUGAUGAAGAGGAUCCCUGUGAUGAGAAGGAGGAACACGUUGAAGGGAUACUACCAAACAAGUCAAGUCUUCCAGAAGAGGUGGAGGGGGAGAAAAAAAAGGAGUGUGAAGAUAAAGAAGAAGAGGCCCACAAAGAAGAAGAUAAACAAAUAGAAAAAAGAAUUCCUCAUGAGGAGUUGUAUCUAAUGGUUCCAGGUGAAGCAUCAAAAAGAAAGCGUUCCAAAUCUGAAGACAUGGACAAUGUUCAGUCUAAACAUCGUCGGUACAUGGGAGAAGAUUAUGAAGCAGAACUCCAAGUAAAAAUUACAGCCAGAAAGGAUGUUGACCUAAAAUUACAAAAGAUUAUCCAGAGACUGUUAGAAGAAAAACUUACCGCUUUACAGUGUGCGGUAUUUGACAAGACUCUGGCAGACUUGAAAACCCGAAUGGAGAAGGUAGAAUGCAACAAGAGGCAUAAAAAUGUGCUUACUGAAAUGCAGGCUAAAAUUGCAAGAUUGACAAAGCGGGUUGGAGCAGCCAAGGAGGACUUGAAGAAGAGACAGGAAAAUGUGGCAAAUGCACCUGUAUCUCCAGGGAAAGCAGCCCCUGACACUGCAAACGUGAACAAUGCCACAUAUCGAAAUGCUGGCACAGUGAGGCAAAUGCUGGAGUCAAAGAGGAAUGUAGGAGAGACCACACCAGCAACUUUUCAAGCUCCUGUGAAUCCAGUGCCUGCUUCCAGUCUUGCUGCUUCUCCAGCAGUUGUCAGUGGACAUCCUAAGCUUUCGACUCCAGUGUCCUCCACCAGCUCUUUGACAACAGCAGUGCUUCCCACAGCUAACACGGCUACAGUUGUAGGCACUAACCAAGUGCCCACUGGCAGCACUCAGUCAGUGUCUGUCUCACUGCAGUCUUUGCCCGUAAUCCUGCAUGUACCUGUGGCAGUGUCGUCCCAGACGCCGCUUCUGCAAAGCCACACAGGGACUUUGGUCUCUAACCAGCAGUCAGGCAACGUUGAAUUUAUAUCUGUACAAAACUCAUCUACAGUUGGUAGCCUUACCAAAACUACAGUGUCUUUGGCAUCAACUAAUACAACUAAACCAAAUAACAUCCCACAUGUGCCCAGUCCUGGUAUUCAAAGGAACCCUACACCCAGUGCUGGGUCAAUAGGCACAACAUUGGCAGUACAGGCUGUUCCUACUACUCAUCCUGUUGCCCAGACCACAAGGACUUCUUUGCCCACAGUGGGUGCUCCAGGACUUUAUAAUGCAGCCACCAGUCGACCGCCGCUGCAGAUGAAGAUUCCUCUCACUGCAUUUAAUAGUACAGCUCCUACUGAGCCUCCCACCAUUGCAGCACCCAAGAUUGAAAACCAGACCAGCAGGCCACCAACAGAUACUUCGGCAAACAAGCGACCUGCUGAGGGAACAACACAGCAGUUGAAACAGGAAGAGACCUCAUCAGAAAAUAAAGAAGCAGUAGAAGCAGCACAGAUGAAUUUUAACUUCCCUGAGGAUGUCCUCUUUGGCUUGGAGGAAGAGGAAGAGGAUGCUAAGAGCAUCAAAAACACCCACAAGCAGACUGGCUGGGCAGCUAACCUAUUAAAACAGUGGCUGGCCAAAAAUGGCAAGGAUCCUAGCUUUGAAUUGGUCCCAGUAAGUGAACUCAAUGAUAUCUUAAGAGAAUUUUAUUACACAAUAAGAAAUCAUGAUGGAAAUACCUACAGUGUGGCAAGCUACAAGUCAAUGCGUGCUGGCUUAAACCGGCAUCUCAAAAUGCCACCUUAUAAUCGUCAGAUUUGCUUAAUGAAGGACAAAGAGUUUGCCAGUGCAAACAUGGUCUUUAUGAGUGUGCUGAGGAUGCUGCGCCUGCAGGGAAAGGAUGAGACUCACCACCAUCCUCCUAUAGCUGCCGAGGACUUGCGUAAGAUUAAGCAGUCUGGUGUGCUGGGUUUGCACAGUCCCCUGGCACUCGUCAACAAGGUGUGGUUUGAUUUGCAGUUGCAUUUUGCCAAGCGAGGGAGGGAAAUUCUAAGAGAUCUGGCUCCGGAUGCAUUUGUUGUUGAGAAGGACAAGAACGGGCGUCGAUACGCUAUGUUUAGAUACCCUGGCAAAGGCAAAAACGGAGAAGAUCCUCAUAAAAUGGGUAAAAUGUAUGAUAUGCCUGGGGACCCAAACUGUCCUGUUUUUUCCUUGGAACUUUAUUUGUCCAAGUUGCCUCCAGAGCCCCCUGCCUUUUACCUGCACCCUCUAAAGCUAACAUCAGAGCAAAUGCAAGAACAGCCUGUCUGGUACAAAAGAGAACCAAUGGGUGUGAACUACCUGGGUACCAUGAUGCCCAGGAUCAGUGUGGCAGCCAGGCUCUCCCAGCGGUACACCAAUCAUUCUCUCCGAACUACCACCAUCCAGCUACUCUGUGAAGCAGGACUGGGGCCUAGGGAAAUAAUGGCAGUGACAGGCCAUCGCUCUGAGUCUGCUAUUAGGCACUACUGGGGAUCUGCAGAGGUUCGCUACAGGGCCUGGUCAGAUAUAAUGGAAAAUAAUGCCCCCAAUUAUCGAUAUCGCAAGAUCCCAAAUGAAGCAAUACAAGAAUCAGUAUCUGGUGCAUCCACAUCUUCUGUAAAACAUAUUGUUCUAGAACAAAACAAAACUUUAUUCCCUACAAAAUCUGUCGUGCCACCUGGCACUAACUCUGUGGCUUUAGUCCCUGAGGGACACCCAGCUCUGAAUUGCAAAAGCCCGAUGCUGUUGAACCACAGUUCGUCCAAGGUGUUUCUCCCCAAGAGCAUGACCAGUUGGAACCUAAUUGCCAGUCCCCUUCAAGGCUGUUGUAGCAAACCUGUCAUUAGAAAGCAUGUGAUGAAACAAGAACCAAUGACUUGAUGCUUCUCUAAUACAACUGAUUCCAGACUUACUGCUAAAAUGGAAAUAUUAUCAGGUUUGGUUUUUUAACUUGGUCUACUGAGGAAAUUUCUUACGGUCUAGUUCAGCAAGUGUUCACACUCAAGAAGUGAGCUAUGGAGCAGAAAUUUAAACAGAGCAGGGCUUGGAGUUUGUAUGACUUUUUGUGGCAGCUGGGACUCUUCCAAGUGGCUGAGCAGAGCUAUUUAAAAAACAUUAAAGGGAGAUACUGAUUUCCACUUAGCUGAAGAUACACUUUCUUCACUAAGAGUGUGGCUUUUAUAUUUUGUGAAGAGUGUUAUUUAUCAUACCAUUUUGUGCCUGCUGGCACUAAUGUAGCAUCUUACAAAUCAAGUACUUGAUUACUGGGGAGCACCAGGAAAGCAGAAGCUGAAUGAAAUAGACAGAGAUACACCACAGAUAUGUACAUACGCAUGAAAACACCUGGAACUGCUUAACCACUGUCACCCUCUGUUUAAAUUGUUAUCAAACCUUCCAGAGGACUGUGCCUUUAUUUUCUUUGUUUUUUAAGUCUUUUUCUAAAUUGAUUUUCUCUGUGAGCUGCAGAUUUGCAUUACAGGUCUUUCCUUUUCCUAUUGAAUAUUUUUGGCUUAAGAUUCCAGUCAUUCUGUUCUCUGAGGGCAUUGUUGAUAUGUGUGGUAUUAAAAUUGGGAUCUGUUUGGCUGUGCAUGAAAUGGGGAAAACAUCCUCAAAAGAGCUGAAAACAAUUUCUUGCUUAGAUCCCAGGUAAUUAGUGCUUGUGUUGUCUCUGUGCCUAACUUAUGAGAGGGUGGUUUGUUGUUUUUUUUUUUAAUUUCCUCUCACCAGCCCCCUUCAUUACAUGUCACAUCAUCUUUACACUCUAGUCUUCGUCAGUAUAUAUAAUUCCCAAGAAAUGCAUCUUGUUCUUCCCCACUGAACCCUGUCCAAAUAUUGUUUUUGGUUUUAUCUUCUUCACAUUAGUACUGGUCCUGUUAUUAUCUUUUCCAUAGAUUUUUACAGGUGAGAAAUUGUCAGCAUAGUGGAUGUGAAUAAUUUUCACCAUGGAUUCUGACAAGAGAUCUUCCUGUAAAUAAAAAUAGAAAAUUUGAUAUAAAAUCACAGAUUAUAGUUGGUCCACUUUGGAAUAAGACUUAAGUGUAGCAUUUAAAACUGUUUUCCAUUAUAUUAACAAUGAAAUAGAAAUUGCUUUGUCCUUUUCAAAUGUGUGUACGCAUAUGCACUUCAUAUUCACGAUUUAUCACACCGAGGACCUCACAAGUGUUGCUGUUGCUCAACAGUGGACAAAAUAGAGAAAAAUCACAGCUGAAAUGACAAAUUGACCAUGAUAAACUCUUAAUUGUGUGGAGAACUUCCUUGCUGGGAUAGGCUUUCAAAUUUUGAAUGAGAUUUAUCACUCUGUUAUAGGGUAUAGUCUAUACCUAUAGACUAUACCCUAUAGUCUAGACACUGCUAUAGUCUGUACAGAGGACUUGAUGCCUGAAUUUUGGAGUUUUUAUCCUGGCUGAUACUAUUUACCUUUGUGGCCUUGUGUAGGUUAUUCAUACUUACUGCAUCAAUUUUCCAAAGUGUAAGACCAACACAGUGCUCCAUUUUUGAAUUGGUCAUGAUAAAGGUUAAAAUGUUUCAAAAGUUCUUUAGUGAUCUUAAACUCAUCUAUGAUUGAGAUAGUUGAUCAGAUGUAAUUGUUAAUAUAAAAAUUACUUCUGCACAGUCCUACUUCCUUAGUAGGAGCAGUUAAUUCAUUACAUCAAUGGGUAAAGGAAAGAAAGCGUGAAUAAUUUUGACAAGCCUAAAGUAAAUCAGUUAGAGAUGGUAGAGAAAGUGAUCCUUUCUAACGGUGAGAAGAAAAAGUGAAAAGGAACAAAGAACAAAUAUUUCUCAAAGUACACAAGAACUGUGCAGUAAUUUAUUCUAGGAUAUUUUAGGGUAGCAUAGAUUUCCUAAUUUUAGGGACUCAUAGAAUUAAUAACUCAGUAAAACUGGCAAAAUUAAUUUCUAAAUUUAAUCUAAACUUUCACCAGAAUGGGUAUGUAUUACUGUCCCCGCCAAAAGGAAUGUUCCUGUCUUUGUCUCAGGAAGUUGCUUCUUCCAGCAUAUUGGCAUUGAAUGUCUGCCCUCCAGGAACAAGAAAAGUAUGUUGCCAGAAGAUGAUUCUGUGUUCCCCCUUGCUGCAUACUGUGGUCAUGCAGACCACACGUCCUGCUCUGGUUCUAAGUGUGUCUAGGUGACUUAGUGCAACAGCAAAUUGCUGAUGGCUUUGUUCUUUAACAUUAAUCUAGUUGGUGAUUAAAAUAGAAGAAGGGGCUCUCUUGACCAGUCUUGGCAUGUCUCAUUCUUUUUGAUUAUCAUUUGGCUUCUAACUUGACUUCUGUUCUGUUGGCUUGUAAUUGUGUAUUUUUGGAUUCUCAUUUGUUAAAUUCUAAUUCUGUUGGCACAAACUAUACAAUGUCCUCUUACUGCCUUCAGUUUGAACCUGAUACUUCAAAGCUACUGACUGCAGUAUUACUACCUUCUGGGUAUUUGUAUGGGAGAAUUUUUUUUUAAAAAGAAAGUAUUCCUCGUUUGGGCUGGAAGUAUUAUUAUCACAAGAUCUGGGAUCAUUAUUUACUAAGCUUUCUGGUAAAUUUGAAUUAUUUCUAAUUAGUAGAACAUCUUUCUAACCUUACAGGACUGAAAAAAUCUCUCCUGUUUCCCCUCCCACCUAAUGUGUUAAAUGAAUCUUUCCUACAUGUAUUUUAUUUCUAGAAAAACAGAAGUAAACAAAAAACU